CAUCCAUUCAUUUUCAUUCGCAGGGUACAUAUAGACCAAAAAAAAUCAUUCAGAAGACAGUCGCUCUUCUCGUACGCUGAAUUGUCUCACUGUAAAUCAAAGGGUAUACCAGUACAGCCACCAUAAAGCUGCACUAAAAGGAUACACAAAAUGCUCAAAGGGCUUUCGAUCGAAAUCCUUUCACAUGUUGUUGUUGACAUGUGGCGCGCCAAAUCCAAAUGCGAUGCGGUGCUCGUGUUGGUGGUAUGACGAAGAGAACUUAUAUCCUCGUCAUACCACCAACUGAUCCAGGAUAAGUCACAACACGCAAAAACGAAAACACCCCUCCUUACCCCCUCUCAAUAUGAUUAUUGUUCAGCUUCAGCUCACUCACGUGUUGAAAAGGUUUGCUUAUCCAGCUGGCAACUUAAGGAUUACCACGCGGUCUAAGGUGCGGUGUGCGAAGGCUAUAAAAGCUCCUGGUGCGCAAGGCUGGAGCUCAGUCUUCUUUACGCACGAUACCAGCAGGAUCGACAGAGCAGAAGGAAACGGGAGAAAAAGAAGGGGAAAAAACAAUCAGGCAGUUAACUAAUUUGCCGUUCCCACGUAGGUUUCUUUCCUUUACACUUCUGAAAGUCGUUUUGAAAGCAUGUCAGUGGUGAGCUCCAUGACGUUCCCGAAGCCGCUCCACAUGCGCUCUCCAGUCUCGCAGGGACGUCGACACACGCUGCCGGCCAGCGAGUUCCGCUCCCUCAGCCCUGAAGACGCCAUCAGCGUAUUUGAGAUCGAGAGAGAAGCAUUCAUCUCAGUGUCUGGUGAGUGCCCUCUCCUGCUGGAUGAGGUACGUCAUUUCCUCACGCUGUGUCCUGAGCUGUCACUGGGCUGGUUCGAGGAGGGACGUCUGGUGGCUUUCAUUAUCGGCUCACUGUGGGACCGAGAGAGACUUAACAUGGAUGCCCUGACCCUCCACAAGCCUCACGGCAUGACUGUCCACAUCCACGUCCUGGCUGUCCACCGCACCUUCCGCCAACAGGGCAAAGGUUCAAUCCUGAUGUGGCGCUACCUACAGUACCUCCGCUGCUUGCCAUACGUUCGGCGAGCUGUGCUCAUGUGCGAGGACUUCCUGGUUCCCUUCUACCAGAAGUCCGGUUUCAAGGUGCAGGGCCCCAGUGAGAUCACAGUAGGGCCACUCACCUUCACUGAAAUGCUCUACCCGGUCAGGGGCCAUGCCUUCAUGCGUCGCAACAGUGGAUAUUGAGACUUGGGACUUGUUUUUUUUUUCUCAGGAUGGAUACCAGUGGCAGGCCCCUGGUUGGAAAAGGAACAGUUUAAGAGACAUUAGGCUCAGUGAUCAUCUCUUUAAAACAUAGAGCAAGAUGACACACUCAAUUUGCCUUUGAAGAAGAGUAAAACAUCUGGCAUGACGCUAGUUUUAAAAAACAUUGUUUUAGAGAAAGGUCUAAAAGAAUGCGUCCAUUAGGAAAAAUAUUAGAAAGGUUUUAUAUUUUCUUUUUUUUAUAUCUUUAUAUUGCAUUUGAUAAAUGCUGGACAUUUACUAUCAGUUUUGUAUGUACAGUAUAUUGGACAUAUGCCCCAAUACUUCUGUCCAUAUAGGUUAUCCAAGCCAUGCAGCCACAAGUCUAUAAAGAGGCUGGAACAAUUCAGAUCUAU